CGUGCGGGCGCUCCCCGCCCCCGGCCGGCCGCGCUCCCCGCUCCGCUCGCUCCCCGCCCCGCCGGCCCGGCCCUGUGCAUUGUGGUCCGGCGGCGGGGGGCGAACAUGGCCGAGAAGCAGAAGCACGAUGGGCGGGUGAAGAUCGGCCACUACGUGCUGGGGGACACGCUGGGGGUCGGCACCUUCGGCAAAGUCAAGAUUGGUGAACACCAGCUGACAGGGCACAAGGUAGCAGUGAAGAUACUGAACAGGCAGAAAAUCCGCAGCCUGGAUGUGGUGGGGAAGAUCAAACGAGAAAUUCAGAACCUGAAACUCUUCAGGCACCCUCACAUCAUCAAACUGUACCAGGUCAUCAGCACACCAACAGAUUUCUUCAUGGUCAUGGAAUACGUGUCUGGGGGGGAAUUGUUUGAUUACAUCUGUAAGCACGGACGUGUGGAGGAGGCAGAAGCUCGCCGCCUUUUCCAGCAGAUCCUCUCUGCAGUGGAUUACUGCCACAGGCACAUGGUUGUGCACAGGGACCUGAAGCCAGAGAAUGUGCUGCUGGAUGCCCACAUGAAUGCAAAGAUAGCUGAUUUUGGACUGUCCAACAUGAUGUCAGAUGGUGAAUUUCUACGUACCAGCUGUGGUUCCCCCAAUUAUGCAGCCCCUGAAGUCAUCUCUGGAAGGCUCUAUGCUGGCCCAGAGGUGGACAUCUGGAGCUGUGGUGUCAUCCUGUACGCCCUCCUGUGUGGCACUCUGCCUUUUGACGACGAGCACGUCCCCACCCUGUUCAAGAAGAUCCGGGGGGGGGUGUUUUACAUCCCUGAGUACCUCAACCGCUCCGUGGCCACGCUCCUCAUGCACAUGCUGCAGGUGGACCCCCUCAAGAGAGCCACCAUCAAGGACAUCAGGGAGCACGAGUGGUUCAAGGAGGAGCUGCCCAGCUACCUGUUCCCCGAGGACCCCUCGUACGACGCCACGGUGGUGGACGACGAGGCGGUGCGCGAGGUGUGCGACAAGUUCGAGUGCGCCGAGGCGGAGGUGCUGAGCAGCCUGUACAGCGGCGACCCGCAGGAGCAGCUGGCCGUGGCCUACCACCUGGUCAUCGACAACCGCCGCAUCAUGAACCAGGCCAGCGAGUUCUACCUGGCCUCCAGCCCGCCCACCGGCUCCUUCAUGGACGACGGCGCGCUGCCCGUGCCGCCGGGCGUCAGGCCGCACCCCGAGCGCAUGCCGCCGCUCGUGGCCGACAGCCCCAAGGCGCGCUGCCCGCUCGACGCCCUCAACACCACCAGGCCUAAGCCCCUGACUGUCAAAAAGGCCAAGUGGCACCUGGGCAUCCGCAGCCAGAGCAAGCCCUACGAUAUUAUGGCCGAGGUGUACCGGGCUAUGAAGCAGCUGGACUUUGAGUGGAAGGUGGUGAACGCGUACCACCUGCGGGUGCGCCGCAAGAACCCCGUCACCGGCAACUACGUGAAGAUGAGCCUGCAGCUCUACCAGGUGGACAACCGUAGCUACCUGCUGGACUUCAAAAGCAUCGAUGACGAGGUGAUGGAGCAGAGGUCGGGCUCCUCCACGCCGCAGCGCUCCUGCUCGGCCGCGGGCUUGCACCGGCCGCGCCUGAGCAUCGACGCGGCCGCGGCCGGCGAGUGCCAGUCGCUGACGGGCUCCCUGAGCGGCUCCUUCGUGGGCAGCAUCCCCUCGCUGCCCCCUCGCCUGGGCAGCCACACCAUGGACUUCUUCGAGAUGUGUGCCAGCCUCAUCAUGGCCCUGGCCCGCUGAUGCGCCGCUCUCUCGGUCAGGAUCUGCGCUGACUCGCCCGCCCGUCCUUUCUUUCGCUUCCUUGUUCUUCCUCCUCCUCCCCUCGCCUGCCCAGAGCCAAGUCCAGACCCAAAACGUGCUGUCCUCCAGCAAGGCACCAAGGAAAUUACCUUCAUUUCUCUCCUUGUGCCUGGAGAAGUGUAUACAAUACCCUUUUUAUUUUAUUUACUUGUGAACCCCAUGGGAAAUGUCAAGGCUGUAAAGUGACAACCCUAUCACUGAGUUUUUGGAAAACCCCCCUGGUUCAUCCUGGGGUGAUGGAGGCAUAGCCAAGCUUCCUGCAGGGAGUUUGGUGUUUCCCUGAUGCUGUGCAGAGCAGGGGCAGGCUGGGCUGAGCCAGGGCUCAGGGUUGGCCAGGAGCUCUGUGAAAUGGAGUGGAGGGUGAUGGAGCAGCUCUGCAGUGCUCAGGUACCAGCCACUCUAACACUUUUCUCUCCAAAGCAGCAGCUGCUUAGAUGCUUCUGCACUAGUGCAAUAUGACCUCCCUCCCUGCUUUUUCCCUCUGCUGAAGAUGGGGAGGGAAGGUGGGAUGUGCAGAGGUCCUGGUGCAAGCCUGCCAUGUCCAGUCUUUGCAGAGGGGUGUCCCUAAGGUGCUUUAUUUCCUCCCAAGAGCUCUGGACAGCCCUGACCUGCUCACCAUGCUCAGAGCUGAAGGCAGGUUGCCUUUCUGCCAGCCCUUAAUCACCACCUCCCUGCAGCCUGCUCCCCCUGCCCUGCCUCACCACGGGCUGAAUCCUCAGGUGAGCAGAGGACAGGAUCUGGCUCACCCACCUGAGAUCCCAGCGCUUCCCCCGAGGGCUGGGACCAUCCCUGGUGGCAGGAGCCCUCAGCAGCUCGGGGCACUCACCUCUCCCCUUUCCCCUAGGAAGCUCUGCCUGUUGUCACCUCCCCAGAAUCACUGCCAAGUCUGCCUUUCCUGCUGCUGGACACUGCUGGCCCUGCCCAAGGGCUCUCCUGUCCUGCUGGACCGUGACCUUCGCCACGCCGCUGACCAGGCAGGGACAUCCCAACCCGGAAUUUUACUGUUCCUUUGCUACUGGCUGUCUGAAGGGUGGGAUUUUAUUUUUUUAAGAUGAACUGCAGUGAUUUUUAAGGUUAAAUUCUUGUUACCCAAGGGUAAACCCUAAUGUGUUUAAAAGAGUUAUUAUUUUUUAUUACACGAGGUUAAUCUAAUGGGGCAGCGUUGGCAUCUGCUUGGCUUUGACAUGAUAUUUAAUUCCAUUUACUUGAUUAUGAAGUAAUAGUCUAAUCAAGGAACAAAUGCUUUAUGAAAGCUUUGCCAAAAAAGUCCUGGGUGGGGGGUUUGUUUUGUUAUGGUUUUUUGGUAUUUUUCUCUUUUGUGUUCUAAGAAACAAAGCAAAAAAACUUUAGCUGGUCCCAGGUAUGCAGGCAUUCAAUCUGAAAGAAAAAUUAAUCUGUCUUUUUGAUAGCUUCUGAUGACCCCCUGAGGUUUUUUCCUAGGUUUUUUUUUCUGUACAGUUGCACUUUAGUUUAUACUUUCUGCAGGUUUUUAUGAGAAGCAAGGAAGAGAACAACACAGUAAGCCUUUUUUACUAAUCAUUUAAGCUAAUCAAGACAAACACGGGAUAUUUUUGCCAUCUACUGGCAGUUAAAUGGACUUUUUCAGCUUGAAGUCCCUUUUUUUUAAGAAGAACCACAAAAUUGCCUUACUUUUGUUACAGAUUGUGCUUAGAUCCUCACAAACGUGACUUUACAGCUCCAGUUUUUCCAGAAGCCACACAAAGUAGAAAGCUUCCAAAAAAAAAAAAAAAAAGAAAAAAAGAAAAAAAAAAAAAAAAAAAAGAAAAAAAUCAGUUUUGCUGUUAAGCUCUUGAACAUGAAAUCCAACACAGCAGUGGUUGGACUGUAAGCCCACAGCAGAACAGCUCUGUUUUUAAAAGAAAUACUGGAAAUAUUUGUAGUGCUCCUAGGUUUUGUAACGAGCCUUUUAUUAUAUUACAAUUAUUAAAUAAAUACUCUGGGGUGGAGGAUGGCUUUGGUGCUGUGCCUGGUGGCUGCCAGGUGAUUUGUGUCCCCAGUGCUGUGCUGUGAGUUUGGAUGGAGAAUCCAAACUCCUACAUGCAAAAAAAAAAAAAAAAAAAAAUCACACCCCACCCCAGAGUCAAAGCUGAGGAGCUCCCAGCCCUUCAGCAGCUUUUGGAUCAAGGCUGAGAUGAGCAAAGAACCCUGAAUUGUUUUGGGGUGAUGGAGGUAAACCCCUCUGCAAAAGAGCAGGAGCAGCUGUAGGGCCUGGCAUUAAUUCCCAUCCAGGAAACAGCAAUGAGUGAAAUGUAUUUGAAAUGUUAAAGGCUUUUCAAAUCUUCACUCCCAGCUGAUCUUGCCAAAUCCUGGCACACCUGUAACCACCUUGAUAAGGGGCUGGUGUGUUACAGUCUGGGGCUCAGGAGCAGCUGGAUGUACUGAUUGUCUUUUUUUAAAUUGACUCUUGUCCUCUGGGAUUUCCUGCCCAGCAGAACUAAUGGUAUUAAGCAGCAGCAAAUGCCCUUGGGAGGAAAUAUUUGCUUCCUGGAGGCAGGUGGGAUUUUUAGGUUGUAGAAUAAGCCCCUUGUGGCACUUGGCAUCUUCUCAGACCCGUGCAAACAUUAACUGCUGUGUGGAUCUGCAGAACCAGUCCUGCCUGGGGGGCAGUCAGAGCUACUCAGCUUUCCACAUGGACAGACUGAAAGAGAGGCAGCACUUCCCUGCUCAGGCUCAGCAGAGGCAGUGCAGGGAGCAGCACUGCUGGAAGCAGCUCCUCAGUGACCACAUGGGUCCAUCACAGCCUCACCCAAACCCUGCUGCACUUUGAAACACUCCAGGGACUUUAAAUUCUUUUUUGUUAUUUAUUUUACCUUCAAAUAGGCUGUGUUCUGUUUCCCUGCUGACCUCCAGUUACAUUUUCCAGAGGAAGAGUUUAACUUUCACACUGUUACACUGUGGUCAGCUCUUUUUGAGUUAUGCUGGUACAUGCACAAGCGUUGGGAAAAGCAGGGUAGACAAUAUUUGAACUACAGAAACUUGAAUUACUCCAAGUGCAAUUCUUCAGAAGCCACUGGACAGCUGUGCUUUGCAAGCCACAAACUCACCCAAAUUUUGCUUCAGCCCAAGGGGGAGAGAGACAAAAUGCAAAGGAUGAAGAGUUCAGAUAGGCUCCAACAGAAACCUCCAGCUCCUGGAUGAGUUAAUUCAGAAAUUGUGCUGUUCUUGUUGGGAGCUAUACAUAUGUGAGUAUUAUAUAUGCAGACAUGCACAUAUAUAAAAUGUAGGUGGCAUCCCUGAUACUGGCCUCUCAGUUUUAUUCUUCCAGCAGGGCAGGAGUGUGCCCUGGACACUGCCACCUCUCCCUAAUCCCAGCCUCUGAGAGGACCUGGACAAGGGGAUGCUGUUUUUACACCCUCUUUUAGGUAAAGCUCAUGAGUGGCUUAGCUGAGCCCAUCAGGCUUGGCACGGCCUUGGCCAGGGCUAGGAGGGGAAUUGGGAUCAGGAGCUGUGAGAAUCCUGCCCUUCCACCCCUCCUGGCCAAAGCCCUGGUGCUGACAGGUUUGGGGCAGGUUUAUUUUCAGGAGCUGGAGCUGAGCAGGUAAAGGCAGCAGGGUAUUUUUUUUAAUUUUUUUUUUCCUUUCAACGGGUCAGAAACACAUCUUCAGCUGUGUGUCCAGUUUAGCAUUUCAUGAGGUGUGUAAAGCACAGGGGAGUACACGGGCAGUGUUGUGAAAACGUGAGCCAGCUGGUUAGCAUGUUGUGUGUGUGUUCUUGUGUGUGAUUACAGUGGCAUUCAUGUUGGAAUAGAUGAGGUUUGAGCAGAAGAACCCUCCUGCCUACUCCUUUUCAUUUCACUCUCUCUGCUGGCAGCCCUGCAGGAGGAGGAGGGAGCUGUGUGCAGGACAUGAACUCGUGCCUUCGCUUUGUUUCACGAGGUGCACAAUUUCCCCAGCUCAUGCAGGAUCCCCCCUGAGACAUGCAGGCCGUGUUUCUAAAUACUUGAACUACCAUUUGUUGUGCAAUUAUUUGGCUUCACCCUUUUUUAUUAGCUGAGAGGAGAGAGGGAAGAAGAAUCGCACAUCUGGAUGAGCCAAACCAACCCCCUGCUGUUUCUUUCCUGGAAAGUUUUAGGAUCUGGUUUUGUUCCAGGUGUAUGAUGUACCUUACUAGAGUCACCUUUCUGAAGGUCUUACUUGGGUAUGGCCUUUUCAUUUAGUGCUUUCCUUUGGCUUCCUUAGCCCUCCCCUUAUAGAUCCCUUUUUCAUCAUUCACUUAUUAAAAAAAAAAAUAAAAAUCAACAGCUUCUUGCAAUUCUGAAAUCCCAGUCUGCCUCCUGGCCAUGGAGUUAAUGAUUCAGCCAGAGGUACCUCACUGCCAUGGCCAAGAGAUGAACUGGGUUUCAGAGUUGCCACGUGACACCUGCUGAUGGAACACUGACUUUUGCAGAGAGCACACCUGGUAUUCGAUGCACAGACCUUUGCUCAUUUUAUUCACCAAAUUAGGAGAACCAGACUGUGAAUCAGAGCUCUACCUGCAAGCACGAGUACACUUUUGGUGUUAGAAAAAGUCUGUUUUCAACUAAAGCCUUGAAGUUCCUGCUGAAGCUGCCUUAAUUUAAAAAUCAAAGUUUAUUUGUAAGACUCAUCUCUGAUUAUAUUUUUUUUUUUUCAAGUUUGGAAAUAGUUUAUUUAUCCUCAUCUCACAAAGCUGUGAAGUAGAUCCUGUAGCCAUGGUAAUAUUUAUUCUUGUUGCUGAAGGCAUGUUCAUGUGUUCUGUAUCAUGUUAUAUUCACGUGGUUUGUACCUCAAGGCAUUUGUUUUGUUUUUUUUUCUUUUAGAGGACAAAGCAAAACUGAAUCCCAGGAUUUCUGUGGUGUCCAUGGCCCAGCAUCUUUGGGCAGGCAAACCUCAGCUUUAUGAGAGAGGUGAACUGGACUUGUCCACUUAAAUUCUUAAAUUCAUACUCUAAGGAGUAUUUAUGAUUUAUAAAGUAUUUAUGAUUUUAAGAAAAAGAUGCUGAACUUUAAAAAGUUCUGAGUAGAAGCAUCCCUUCAAACAUAUCAUUAACAUGAAGCUCAGGAAAAAAAAAUCCCCUGAGCUCUAUAAACACUCCAUCCUUCUCAAAAUUUUCUAUUUUAUCCACUGAGGGCCUGGAGAGGGUUUUGUUUUCCAGGUCAUGGCUGUAGUGCUUUAUGGAAGGGCACAGAGCCCUGGUUCAGUUUUGUCCUUUGUGCAUUGGAUAAUCACAACGAAGCCUUUUUCCUUCCAUUUAUGGUGUGGAAAGUGUUUCUCUGUGUACUGCACUGCAUGUGAUAGCUGUCUCCAUGGUUGACAUUUGCACUUUAAUAAACUCAGAGAUGAAAAAGAG